AACCCUGUGUAGUUUUGCUGAAUACUGCUGAAAACUAUUGCCCGACGUUGGGGUUUAUUAAAUUCAAAAUGGCAUUUUUUCGACUUGGAUAGAAGAAGGUGGUUGGCUUUAUAGGAUUUGUGUGUUUAAAACGUGUCCAAAGAUUGGGAUAAAUAUUGUCAAAAAUAAUCAAAAACUUUAAAAUUCGUGAGAGGGAGUUUGCGAAGAACGAAAAUGCCGCGUACUAAAGUAUCCAAGUCCAGUAAGCGCUUUCGCGAGACAUCUAACUGCGAAGAAAAAUUGCGGGAGUUCGAAGCAUCUUUCGAUAGCUAUCUGCUCACCUUGGAAAAAAAAGGAAAAUCUCAAAUUGAAGCCAUAGAAGACAAACUUUAUAUGUUAUUGGUUAUCACAGAUUCUAGUGUUUUGCGUUUACUUAUGGGUGAUAUACUGUCUUUGAAUUUAACAAAACUCGAAGAUUGCAAAAAGUAUGCCAAUACUUUAGCAGACAAUAGCGGAGGCCGUAAGCAAAAUUCUAGCAAGCAAUUAAAUCCUAACGAUGAAGGUUACCUUACAGAGGAUAGUACAAAUGGCGGCAGUGCAAUAGGUGUAUCGACGUCAAUUUUAACUGCAUAUAGUCGACCGUCUACAAAGCAGCAGCCUCAACGUGGUCCAUUAAGUUCAGCACGAGCUCGAAGACCGCGUCGCAGCCGUUCAGUGUGCGAUGACAAAGUGCAUUCUGCAACAGUUAAGUCCACGUCAAGUACAUGCAGUAUAAUGGAUACACGCGUUUCGCGUAGUAAAAUGCGCACUCCAACUGCAUCACGUUCCAAAGCCUUUAGUGCUGAUCGCUCGUCGCAAGUUUGUGGGCAACAAUCUCCGGCAGCAGCUUUUUUGCGUUGGCCUAAACCUGGCGAAAUGGUUUUGUCCAAAUGCGGAAGUCCAGUCGUAGCUCAUGUCAUGCCAGAUAAAUAUGCGAAUGUCAACAUCCCUACAAGAAACGGAAUAUUUUCUUUACGCCCAAAGAAACUGGAAGACCUAAAGUCAGAUAUCGUUAACGCAAUCGACCAAGAGACACUCGACCAAAUCAGAACUUUGCACGAUAAUUUAAAUUUGAUCAUGAAAAUGGCAGAUGGCUCCUUACCGAAAUAGGACUACAUAAUAGUUUAUUUGUUUUUUAUAAUUCACUUUCCCAUACAUACAUACAUAUAUAUGCAUAUUACAUAAUACAUACAUCUUUUGAAUUAUUUGAAUCUACAUCGAAGUAAAUUUUAAAAUAAUGUAUCCCACUUUGUGUGCGAAUUGGAUAAAAACAAACUUUUGUCUAUUCAAAAGAAAUUAAACGCAAAGGAUUUAUAUCCUUGAGGUGAAAAUACAUUUAGAAAAUGCGAAUUUAUGCUGAAAUUAGGAUGUUGUCAAACUGCUCGCAAACUUCUGUAGAAUUAGUUAAAAUACGUUUAUGAAGCAAUAAAUAUGUAUUUUAUAUGCAUGA